CACUCAUCAUUAAAAAUAGCGGAGAGGGUGUGAGAGAGUGCGGUAGGAGAAGGCUGCAUGAGCCCCGUAUUUCGAUCAUGUCCUCAUCCGGGACUGACUCAACUUUAGGAUACUUUGACAGCAUCGUGGCUCCUUCCAAGCGUGUUCACCAAGUUUGAUUUUUUUUUUAGAUUGUAUUUUUAUGUAAUCUCUUUUUAUUACAUAGGCUAUAAAAUCAUUUUGAUUCCAUAUCUGAAUAGAUGUAUUGCCAGUCAACGUAUCUUUAUGAAGCACUCAACUAUUUGUGAAUUCCUCUGGGAAGAACAGGUGUUAAAAAUCUGCGGAUUCAAUACAAACGAAGGCAAACAUUUGUUACAAAGUUGCAAUUUAGCGUUUGGAUAGGAACAACACAGGAAGAGGUCUUGAAGACGGAUGUAACUCCAUGACCAAUGUCGCGCGCGGUAACGAAUUUAUGAUUUGACAAAUGUUGCUCCCAAAAUUGUGACAGUAGUACUUUCCUCGACGUGCUUUGGAUUUGUCUUCUACGUUCAACGAAUUGGACCAGUAGCCUAAUUAUCGGUCAGAAACCAAGACAUGGGGACUCAGGGCACCGGACGAAAAAGAAAUCCCAAUAAGGACAGGUCGACGGCCGAGGAUGAUGCCCUUAAUCUCAUAUCAAGAGAGGCAGAGGCCAGGCUGGCAGCAAAGAGGGCGGCCAGGGCAGAGGCCCGAGAAAUCCGUAUGAAGGAGCUGGAGAGACAACAGAAAGAGAUCUAUCAGGUUCAGAAGAAAUAUUACGGCUUGGACAACAAAUCAGACAAAGUAGACAGCGAAUGGGGACACAUCGAGCAAUGGAUGGAGGACAGUGAGAGGUACUCACGCCCCACACAGAGACAUACUUCGAUCUCAGACGAUGAUGAGCGGAUGUCUGUGGGCAGCCGAGGCAGUGUGAGGUCGGAUCUUGAUGCAAUAGGGGCCUACGGAAGAGGGGAGAAGGACAAGAAGUCCAAGAAAAAGAAGAAACACAAAGACAAACACAAAGAUCGUGACAGCAACGGCUAUGACAAUGAGUACAGUACUAUAUCCAGUCGGAGCUCCAGACUCGGUGAUGAGAGCACUAGCAGGGUCUCUCGCUCGUCCAGACUAGAUCUGCAGCCGAGCUCCGGACUCAGUGAUGAGAGCAUUAGCAAGGUCUCUCGCUCCUCCAGACUGGACCUGCAACCGGCAUCAUAUGCUUCCUCUGACCUUAACAGCAACAAUGGUCUGUCCUCUUCUAGGCAACGGCUUUCUUCCUACGAGUCAUCCGGGCUACUCAGCCAGAUCUCCUACCGGCGCCAUCACAGGGGCUCUUUGUAUGAGGACAGUCUGUACAGUGGGUCUCGACGGGUGACCGGCUCCAGCUCUCGUCAUUCAGAGUACAAUAGUUAUCGCGGCAGCGGUUCCAGGGCGUCCUCCAGGGCCAGCUCAGCCCAUGCCAGCCCAGUGGAUGAUGACUGCAACUCUGUGGCCAGCUUCCUGCGCAGCGCGGCCACCAGCAGUGGCCUGCCCAGAGACCUGGAUCACAUGACCAUCCCCAAUUUAUCCGACGUGGAUGACCGAGAUUACCUGGAAAAGGGAUCUCGAGCCGCUUCCACCCUAUCGGCAGCCACCCUCGCCUCGCUGGGCGGGUCUUCCUCCCGGGGAGAAAGUGGUGAAACGUCCAUCACUGGCGACACAGAAACCUCCAUACGAGAGAUCAAGGAGAUUCAUGAGCUGAAGGAUCAGAUCCAAGAUGUGGAGUCAAAGUACAUGCAGAGCCUCAAAGAAGUCAAGGAUACCUUAGUGGAGGUGGAGGAGAAGUACCGCAAGGCCAUGGUGUCCAACGCCCAGUUGGACAACGAGAAGAACAACCUGAUGUACCAGGUGGACACGCUGAAGGACUCGCUCAUGGAGCUGGAGGAGCUGCUGUCCGAGUCACGCCGCGAGUACGAAGGGAAGAGCAAGGACUUUGAGCGUGAGAAACAUGCCCACGGCGUGCUGCAGUUCCAGUUCAAGGAGAUGAAGGAAACACUAAAACAGAGCGAGGAGUUACUAACAGAGAUCCGUCAGAUGCGUCUCAAGCAGGACGGCUUUGUUAGGGAAAUCUCUGACCUGCAGGAAACCGUGGAGUGGAAGGAUAAAAAGAUUGGGGCCUUAGAGCGGCAAAAGGAGUAUUCGGAUGCCAUCCGAAAUGAGCGGGAUGAGCUCAGGGAUGAGGUGGUCCAGCUGAAAGACAUUCUGAAGAAACAUGGAAUUGUCCUCAGACCUGACCUGACUGCCAAUGGGGAAAUGCUGGAGUUGGGAACUGAAGAGUCAGCCAGUGGAGAUCCAGCUUCUCAAUUGGCUCAGGACUCCCAGAUGUCGCCCAUGGAAGGGGGGAACAGCAUGCUUGGCAGAGCUCAGGAGACGGAGUUGGGAAGUAGAGGAGAUAAGGUGGUGGAUCCAGGAAGGUCCAGGCAGCAAGAGGAUACACACGAGGAGGAGGCUCAAGAGAACCAUCUGACCUCACCCACCCCCUGUAGCCUUGUUGGUGUUUCUGAAACAGAAACAUCGAGGGAGGCUCAGCCAUUCUCACCCACAUUGGGGGAGGAGGUUGAAAUUGAAGGCAGUGAUGUCAACAAAGACUCUGACAAUGGCAUACCAGUAGUAGAGGUCAAAAGUGGACCGGUCUGUGAUUCUGAGGUACUUGUGGUUGUAACAGGUCCUGAGGAAGAGGUUACAGUAGCGGGGGAGGGGUAUGAAGCAGCAGGUGUAGAGGGGACAGGGCAAGGCAGAGUAGAGGUUGCAAGCGAAGGGGAAAUGGGAAUAAAAAAUGACAAGGCAGAUGAGGCAGAGACCAAAGUUGUCAAGAGCAGUGACGACACCAAAGAGACGUCUUCAAAAGAGCCUACCUCAGAAUAUGGUGCAGCAGCUGAACAAGAGGAAAACGAAUCGAGUAAAGACGUGAAAUGUUUAGACUCAUAUCCUCUGCCUAGGGAAACCAUUGAGGACACCAUGAAAAAUGGCACACAUAUUAGCCAAGGGACAGACCUUGAUACUAGUAAGAGCCCAAUCAAAUCAAACCCUGAGCUUCAGAAAACAAAAAAGGUUGAAGCGUUACCAGAGAUGACUGACCUGCAGCCACAGGCCCAAGCAGGCAACAAGAAGAAGAAAGGCAAGAAGAAGAAGGGAGAAACACAAAGCGACGUAAAGCAGGAAGACCAUAAGAAGAGCACAACAGAAACGUGUGUAGUCUCCAUGACAAAUGGCACACAGAUUAGCCUAGGGACAGACCUUGAUACUCCUAAGACCCCAGUCGAAUCAAACCCUGAGCCUCAACCUGAGCCUCAGAAAACAAAAAAGGCAUGUGUGUUGCCAGAGACCACUGAUAUGCAGCUACAGUCCCAAGGAGGCAAAAAGAAAAAGAAAGGCAAGAAGAAGGGUGAGAAACAAGGUGAUGAAACGCAGGGAGAUAAGAUGAGCACAACAGAAGAGGAUGUGGUCUCCACCCCAAGCGAUAAGGAGCCAGUAGAGGCUGUAGGAGAGGGGGUUAUCACAAUAGAGACACAGCGAGAGGAGGGGACCAGUAGUUCACCAGAUCGAGAGCUCCAAAGCCCUGAACAAAAAGCACAAACCAUAGCUGAGGGACUGAACCUGAAGGAAGAACAACUAGAAGAAGACCGAGUAGAGCCUACCAUUGAAGUAUCUCUGACUGACCAAGCUAAGAGUGAGGAAGUUGUCUCAAAGAAGAAAAAGAAGAAAAUGAAAAAGGACAAACACAAACCUACAAUGGAAUUAGAGAAAUCAGAAGGCGAGAUAUCAGUAUUAUCCCUUGAGUCCAACAUUGGUAUUGCUGAUCCUGUUGAUCACUCCAAGUGUAUAACCAGCGCUUAUAACCCUAUGGAGGAAUUAGAAUUGACAACAGAUACUGGUACCCAAAAGGACGAGUCAGGGUACACAACCAACCCUGAUAACUUUGGAGACUGUUUGAACUCUUCAGCUGACCCAAAAUGUCCAUUGGACUCGAAACAGUCCACAGCUGGGAAUUCAAACAAUGUCAAAGAGGAAGAUUCAAUCAAGGUCUCAGUUGAAGAGGAACAAACAAUCCAAGACUCAAAGGAACAGGGGAAUAACUUUCACAGUCCCAUCGUCCUAAGACCAGAGCUCAAGGAGAGCGUGGAACCUGAAGACCUUAUCUUCCAUGAUGGUGUCGCUACUCACCCAGACCAGGCUAACGAAAAUGCAACACAAGACCUAAAAGAGGCAGGUCAAGAUAAACCAAAUGGGAGCCCAGAAGAGCGUACAAAUGCACUUGAACAUGAAGACACUUCAAUGGCAAUGCCAGCAGAUGUAGAGAAAUGCAACAAUUCAGCAGAUGAGAAAUGUUGUAGCAUAUCGCUUGACCGCAACUGCCCUGCUGCUGAGACCAUAAGACUGCCUGAACAAUUGGUGGAUCUACCUGGUUGUCCAGUCACUGACAGGAACUUGUAUGAAAACAACAAGCCAGAAACACUUGAUGCAGAAGAGGCAUCAAAUGGAGGGAUCUCUACAGAGACCGAGCUGAAUGAUACAGAAACACUUGAUGCAGAAGAGGCAUCAAAUGGAGGGAUCUCUAGAGAGACCGAGCUGAAUGAUACAGAAACAUUUGAUGCAGAAGAGGCAUCAAAUGGAGGGAUCUCUAGAGAGACCGAGCUGAAUGAUACAGAAACACUUGAUGCAGAAGAGGCAUCAAAUGGAGGGAUCUCUAGAGAGACCGAGCUGAAUGAUACAGAAACAUUUGAUGCAGAAGAGGCAUCAAAUGGAGGGAUCUCUACAGAGACCGAGCUGAAUGAUGCAGAAGAGGCAUCAAAUGGAGGGAUCUCUACAGAGACCGAGCUGAAUGAUACAGAAGAGGCAUCAAAUGGAGGGAUCUCUACAGAGACAGAGCUGAAUGAUGCAGAAGAGGCAUCAAAUGGAGGGAUCUCUACAGAGACCGAGCUGAAUGAUACAGAAACACGACUACAGGACCCUGUAAAAGAAACUCCGGUGACAAUUGACUCUUUUAGGGAACAGAGCCACAAUGAAAGUGGACCAUGCACUAUGGUGGCUAAAGCAGAAGAGCAAGAUGAUCCCAUUGAGGCCAAGCUGGAGGGUAACAAGGUACCUGGACCCAGUGAGCCGUGGAAUGACAAGGAGCAUGAAAAUGAGGGUCAAUCGUUUGACUUUUCUGACCUAGUUUCAGUGGUUCCUGCAAAUGUAUUCCCAAUAGCAUCCCAAGAGGAGGUCAGCCAGGAAAUGAGAACUAUGUCGGUAGGAUACAAAAUAGAGGUAGAGCUUGGUAAAGAGAAGGGUAACCAGGAAGAGGAGGAUGACAAACCGCAGGACACAGAGGGAGUUAGCACGAUAGUGGCACAGCAAUCAAUUGAAGGGGGGUCGGAUAAUGCACCAGAGGAGCUCCGAAGCCCUGAAGAAAAAGCACAAACCAUAGUUGAGGGCCAGAACGUGAAUGGAGAACAACAACUAAUCACAUUAGAGGAGGGGGUUAGUGUAACACACAACCAGAAAGACAUUGCAGAGGAGGGAGGGAGUGUGACUGUUGAACAGCAAGGUGUAGGGGAGAGCGAGAGGCAGCAGAAUGCAACUGAGGUAGAGGCUUUGCCAGUAGAGGAGGGGGAAGAGGCAAUCCAGUAUGGGUCACAGCAGGGUAGAAGAGAAAGUAGUCAGAGUGCAGAGGGCAACAACGAGCAAUCUAGGACAGGCUUGAAAAAAGGCAGUAAGAAAGUAAAAGGCAAGGGAAAAGAGGACUGCCGAAUGUCCUAGUUUUUAGGUCUGCACUCAAUAUAAACAA